CCACAACCAUCGGGACCAAAGAAGCAGGUUCCCUCUCUUCUAGCCAUUCAAAAAUAGUGAGAAUGGGGUUGUUGAAGAAAAAACACGAGAAACAUUCACAUCCGACAUUUAAGGGUUUCUUAACGGCCGUUUUAGCUACCAUAGCCGCAAUAUUCCUCUUAUUGCUCGCCGGUUUAUCCCUCGCUGGCACAGCCGUGGCAUUUAUCGCCAUUAUGCCGCUAUUCAUCGUAUUCAGUCCGGUUCUCGUACCAGCGGGUAUUACCACUGGUUUGCUAGCUAUGGGUUUAGCCGCCUCGGGCGGCUCCGGUUUGACGGCCCUCAGCAUCAUGUCGUGGCUCAAGAAAUUAGCGGUUAAGGAGCUGCCAAAAAUUCUGGGUCAAACGCUCGUCACAGGUUCUCCAGGUGGCCAUGAGUCGCACUGAAUAAAUGAAAAGAAGCUGUGGGCAUAGCGAAAUGAUGAUUUGAAAUAAAUGAUAUACAGUUACUAUAUUUCGUAAAUUAAAUCUAAUUAACCCAACUUUUCUUACUAAUAAUUAUUACGUGGGGAUGGAACUCGAGUUUUCAAAUAGCAUCUUAUUAAUGUAUGUCGUGGUACACAAUAAUGAAAAAUGUAUGCGUUUUCGUUAUCUACUGCUAUACUGUACUCUCUACAACUAUACAAGUAUUGUAUAUGAUAUCUAAUAGUGUAUCAUUUUGAAAACGAAAUAAUGUUAUUAAUUUUUACCUUUAGACCAA